CUCGGCCGCCGUAGCCUGAACAGCAGCAGAGGCACUCGGGCGCUUUCCAAACAUCAACACGGGAGGCUGCUCCUCUGCUCCUGUCUUUGUAUCGGUCAGCAGGCUUCCGCUUGCUUAAUACUAGCUAAUCAAAUGAUAGCGCAGUUAAAGAGUCAGUCUCAUUCUUAAACUGACAGUUUAAGGCACAACAUGGACUAUCUGCUGCAGGUGAAAAUAGGCGCCCUGAUCGGGUUACUUCUUUUAACUUUGUUUUUCGGUUUCAUCCCUGCUCGAGUCAAGUGGUUCAGAGACACAAACGGGACAGAAACCCACCGCACAGUUCUGAGUCUCAUCAGCUGUUUUGCUGGGGGUGUUUUCCUGGCGGCAUGUUUGCUCGAUAUCAUUCCAGAUUAUCUCUCAGACAUCCACGCCGAGCUGGAUGCUCGGAUGGUGGAGACCACUUUCCCCCUUCCAGAGUUCAUCAUGGCUGCCGGCUUCUUCACCGUCCUCAUCCUGGAGAGAAUCGUCAUGAACUGUCGGGAGAUGCGAGGGGCUGCAGAGGAGAGGGCGCCCCUGAUAUCAGACAACAGAAAUGGGCACGGACAUGGUCACGGAACAAGUCCUGAUCUGGAGGGCAGCGGCCACCACGUCCAUGUUGACUUUCAGGCUCAUUCCUCCUUUCGUUCCCUCAUGCUCUUCCUCUCCCUCUCGCUCCACUCGGUCUUUGAGGGUCUUGCAAUCGGCCUGCAGAGCACUGACUCAAAGGUUUUAGAGAUCUGCAUCGCUAUACUCGUCCACAAGAGCAUCAUAGUGUUCAGCCUGUCAGUGAAGCUGGUCCAGAGCGCAGUGCCUCCGUUAUGGGUGGCCGCUUAUAUCGGUGUGUUCGCAUUGAUGUCACCUAUAGGCAUCGCCAUCGGCAUCAGUGUGAUGGAGGCUCAGCUAGCGGCUGGAAUGCUAAUCCAGGCCGUCCUGGAGGGGCUCGCUGCCGGGACAUUUGUUUACAUCACCUUUCUGGAGAUCCUCCCACAUGAGCUUAACUCACCUGGGAAGCAGCUUCUCAAGGUGCUCUUCAUCCUGCUUGGCUUCAGCGUCAUGGCCGCUCUGACAUUUCUGGGCUGAGAGCAAGUCAUCGUUGAGUUGGCACAUCUGUCAGGAUGUGACCGGGAUGCUUUGUGCCAACUACUGCAGCUCCCACAAGUUAGUGGGUGACUUUUGUACAGAAAGACAAACUGUCCUCCUUAGAAAAGAAGAAGUAGGUUUACUGACGCAAUGUUACACCCAACUCUGGAGUUUAAUCAUCAAAGAAGCCUGACAACAGAUCUAUGUUUUAUUGCGUUCAUGGUACUUUUAAAACGUUAUGUGUAUAUGAUUAGUUUUUUUAGAGGAUUUUAUUCAAAGAGGAAACACUUUCUGCAAACUUUUGCAGAACAACUGAGAGAAUCACAGGGGAAAGAGGUGUGUUAUCACUGAGUCUCUUCAUUUAUCACUUGUUUUUAAACCAGCCUGCAAACAGUCUCUGACCUUUGACACUAUUGAGGGAACUACUAGAAACAAAGGGCUGCGCUACACGUGCAUAAUACCUUGUCAUUAAUUCAAUCAUGUCAGCACAUCAGUACCUCCAGAUCAUUAAUGUUUACAUUUUAUUUUCAAUUAAUUCAAACCGGGAGCUUCCAUUUCCCAAAAAGCACUGUUUGUGCCUUCACUUUUGUUUUUUUAAAUGUUGCUUCCACUGACCCAGAUUUAUUUGUUAAACACUGGCAUUUUAGUGCAAUUCUUAGUUUUUUUCUCUGGAGAAUCAAUCAAAAUGUCAUAUAUUCAUCCACUACACUAAUGUAAAUGUAAACUGACUUCCUCAUGCCUUAAGAAGUUUUAUGCCAAAAAGAGAGAGACAACAAUGACAAAAUAUGUGGGAUUUGUUUUUAUUCUGUUUGCACUUUUUUAAUAAAGAAGCAGUGAUGUUGUCCACAAUUUUAAACA